UCCCUCCUCCUCAGCGGACCAGCUCUGUCUCCCUCUACACUUGUCUCUUCAGUCAAGGAGAAACUAAUUGGAGAAAAGAAUAGAAGAAAAGAACUGUUGGAAAACUAAACGAACCAAAACUUUACAUCUUUACAGCAUGCCACAGAAAGAUUAUAGAAGUCAAACAAGCUGGGAGACUGGUGUGGCCUCCAUGAUGCAAAACAAGGUUCAUGCUGUCUGCAGUGAAGGUCACAGUGGAGUAAACCAGCUGGGAGGUGUGUUUGUCAAUGGGAGACCUUUACCUGAUUCUACCAGGCAGAAGAUAGUGGAGCUGGCACACAGUGGAGCUCGACCAUGUGACAUAUCCAGAAUACUGCAGGUGUCUAACGGCUGUGUGAGUAAGAUCUUGGGUCGGUAUUACGAGACUGGUUCGAUCCGUCCUCGGGCCAUAGGAGGGAGUAAACCCAGAGUGGCCACUCCAGAGGUGGUGGGGAAGAUCGCUCAGUAUAAGAGAGAGUGUCCGUCCAUUUUUGCCUGGGAGAUAAGAGAUCGUCUGCUGGCAGAAGGAGUCUGCACCAAUGACAAUAUACCCAGUGUUUCAUCAAUAAAUCGAGUACUCAGGAAUUUGGCCAGUGACAAGCAGCAAAUGGGCACAGUGGGAGCUGAAGGGAUGUUUGACAAACUCAAGAUGCUCAAUGUACAAACUACCUGGGGAGGACGCUCAGGGUGGUAUGCCGGGACUACACUCUCUACUACUGAAUGUCCGCAGGCGGAUGGAGGGGAGAACACUAUAUCAGUCAGUUCCAAUGGUGAGGACUCGGAAGAGACUCAGAUGAGGCUUCAGCUGAAGAGGAAGCUGCAGAGAAACAGAACAUCUUUCACGCAAGAUCAAAUAGAAGCACUGGAGAAAGAAUUUGAAAGGACUCACUAUCCAGACGUGUUUGCCCGGGAACGCCUCGCUAACAAAAUAGACCUUCCAGAGGCAAGAAUACAGGUAUGGUUUUCCAACAGACGAGCGAAGUGGAGAAGAGAGGAGAAGCUGAGAAAUCAACGUCGUCAGGUGACCAACUCCUCCAACCAUAUUCCUAUCAGCAGCAGCUUCAACUCUAGUGUUUACCAGCCUCUACCACAACCUACAACACCAGUGUCCUUUUCAUCAGGAUCCAUGUUGGGAAGGUCAGAUCCAGUCGGCUCCAACAGCUAUAGCCUACCAGCAAUGCCCAGCUUCAGUAUGGCUGCCAGCCUGCCUAUGCAAGCAUCCAACCAGACCUCUUAUUCCUGCAUGUUGCCCACCAGCCCCACUGUAAAUGGAAGAAGCUACGAGACAUAUACUCCUCCCCAUAUGCAGCCACACAUCAGCAGCCAGUCAAUGACAACCUCUGCAACGUCAUCAACCGGUCUGAUUUCCCCUGGUGUCUCGGUUCCAGUCCAAGUUCCAGGAAGUGAAACGGACAUGUCACAGUACUGGCCACGCCUGCAGUGAUGUCUCACCGCGGUUGGCAACGCUGGCAGUCAUCAUCACUAGUGACUACAGCAACAGGACUUUAUAGGUCAAAGUAUGACCUAUCCUAUCUUUACAGCUUGAAUGUCAAAAAAGACCUUUUAUUGGUUGAAAUAAGCUGUACCACAGCAAGUAAAUAUUCUCAUUUUUGCUUUUGAGGAAAAGUACAACCAAAUAUUCAAACUAAAUAGGACACAAACAAUUGGGAUUGUCUUCAUAACCGAAAGGAUUUUAAUAAUACUGUAAACAGGUACAGAUUCAGCUCUGAAUGGAUCGAAGGUCUUUGAGAGUUCUCUCAGCGGAUCAUAUCCAUCAGCUGCCAUUCAAAAUCUGGUGGCUUUGGACAGUUUGGCGCUAGUACAGAAUGAAAAGCUCUAGCUUGAGCUUUACUCAGGGAGCACAGAAAGGUGGACCAUCUAUUGGUAACAAAUAAGCUCCAGACAGAAUUAAACUGCUCAGUGUCCAUUUAGCCAUUCUGUGGGAGGCAUAUUACUCACAUUUUCCGUUGGUAACUUUAAUAGAGCUGCUGUGAUGUUGACUUAAAUGUAAAGGGAAGAACUUCAUGAAACUUGAAAUGAACUGUGUGCUAUGAUUUUCUUGCAGCAGCAGUUUCCAAAAGCCCUUGCCUCGAAUGUGUACAGAAUUUCGGAACAUGGAGUCUGGUGAUUUGUGUUUGGUAUUGUAAAAACCCUGACAUGAAUGUGAUCUCUUAACUGGCAUGUCUGUUUGCUCCAUCGUCACAAAAUUCAUCAGUAAACCAAUGACUGGACGUCUGUAAGCACAACAAACACUUUGUGAGGUUUUAAAAAGUGAACAUAAGAUUGUGUAUGGGAUGUAAAUCUGUUUCUAAUUUCAAAGUGUAAAGCAUUUGUCUUAAGUGAUUUGGGAGGGUUUCCACA